CAAACUCUCCGGAAAUGGAUAAGCACGUGGCAUUCAUGGUCAUCACCGUUUUCUGGCUACUAUUCGCCAUCAUUGGGUUCCUGGUGUCCUACCGAUACGAGGAGCGUGGUCUAAUCCGGUGCUGUGUGAUCCUAACGGCUGUAUGCUGCUACUUGGCCUGGAUGGUCACCUUCGUGAUGCAGUUGAAUCCACUGACCGGACCGCGAGCCAAACAGAAGAUUAUCCUCGGCAUGAUAACCUACUGGCCCAGGUCCAUUAUCCACGAUGAAAAGGACCCAUAGAAAAGCCGCAGAUUAUAUAUUUUUACAUGCAGGCCUAAGUGUCCAAAAUGUUCGUGUUUAGAAACCAAUCGUUUUAAGACUAUCUUCUUGAAAAUAAUUGCAAAACUUUCUGUGUCCCCGUCGCCAAUCGGCUUUUAUUCAAGGCCAUAUAUUAUCGAACUAUACCAAAUCAAAUAUGCCGCCGGCUUUGGAAUAAAAUAUUUAUGUGUUAUU